AAACAUUGACGCUACGUAAAUACAAGGAAGAGGGCAGGAAAACGGAGAAAGAGAGGACUAAAGAGAAUAUUAAAUCUACUGCUACAGUGCAGCUUAAUCUGAUCAGGAAUUGAGAAAUCGGUCACUGGGAACCAUGCUGAGGGCUUGUCUGAGAGGGGCUAAUGCCACAGCCAGGAACAACUGCAGGAGAAACCCUCUAACCAGUGUACAACACUGCCGGCACUACACAGCAGGAGAGACCAGUGGUGCUACCAAAGUGGUUGCUGCUGGCUUGUUGACAGUAAGUAGUGGCAUUGGAGGUACAAUACUCUAUGCUAAAUGGGACCACAAGUUCAGAGCAGCUGUUGAGAAGAAUGUGCCAUACUCAGACUUGUUGUUCAGUCUGGCUUUGGGACCCUCAUCUCAAGAAGGCCUGCCCAUCAAAAAACAGACGGAAUUAGCUCAGCCACCCUCUAUGAUGGACAAACAAGUGAAGGCAUCCAAAGCCAAGUCAGAGAAGAAAGUGAAGGAGGCAGCAGAGAGUCCAGCCGAAGAGUCUAGUCCUGCCACAACACAGCCUGCACAGAGCAUAGAGGAGGCUUCAGUAGAGGCAACUCAUAUCAUCUCAGCCAUCGGUGAGGUCCCAUCAGUUCCUGCUCCAUGUGACACUGAGGCAGCAGCUGUCAAAGAGGAGUGCAAAGAGUGUCACGACCAUAAGGAUACCCCCGUGACAGCAGUAGUUCAUCCGAACACAGAGUCACCUGUGGCAAUGGAACCAUUGAAAGAGCGUCCAGUAGAAGAAGUGGCAGCGAGACUUGCUCAACAAGACCAGGAGGAACAGGACAUUCUAGCAUCUGUAUCUGCCAGUCUGGAAGAGUCACUGGCAAGCUCAGCAAAAACUACGCUGCAGGCCAUUGGAGCUCAGGAGGCAGCCCUGCAGGCUAUCACACAGCACACACACAAACUUAAGGAGGCUAUGGAGGCAGAGGUUCCUCCUCAAGAGAAGUCAGCCCAGUGGAAGGAUCUAGAAGCUGCUCUUGCCAAUAGAACAUGCGCUAUGAAUGAUGCCAGCACUGCUCUUUUGAAAGCCAAUGAAACCCUGGGCAGUCUCAAAUCAGUGAUUGAUAAGUCUAAAGGACUGAAUAUUGCUGCUGUUCACCCACUGGUUUUAGCAGCAGAGGAGAAUCUCCAUAACAUGAUAGUAGACCUGGACAAAGUGGUCACUAAGGUGCAGUCUGCAGAGUCAGAAGCUAAAAUUGUCUCCCAGUACAGUGAACUGGUUAAUGAAGCCAAACAGCAGUUUCAGAGGGAAGUAAGCAGCCUUACUCCAGAGAUCCAGGCCAACUGGAAGGGUCUCACUGGUAAACUGUCAGCAGAUGACCUGAAUGCUCUGAUUGCCCAUGCACAUCGUCGCAUUGACCAGCUGAAUCGAGAGCUGGCUGAGCAGAGAGUCAGAGAGCAGAUCCACAUUGAUGCAGCGCUAGAGCAGCAGAAAUUGGAGGACCAGAAAGCUCUGGAGAAAGCUGUUAACACCACACUGCAGCAUGUCAAAGAAGAAGCCCGGCUGGAGCAGGAGAGGAAGCUGGGUGAGUUAAGAGAAGUAAUGGAGGCAGAGAUGAGGACUCAGCUCCGGCGGCAGGCAGCUGCUCACACAGACCACGUCCAAGAUGUCCUCAAAGUCCAGGAACAUGAGCUGAGAGCCGAGGCUGAACAGGUCCUGAGCAGUAAGAUGCUGGAACAGGAGACUCGCUACCGUCAGCUAAACCAGGAACAGCUGGAUAACUUUACACUGGAUAUGAACACUGCCUAUGCCAGACUGAAGGGGAUGGAGGAAGCUAUAGACAGCCAUGUAGUAGCAGAGGAGGAGGCCCGUAAAGCUCACCAACUGUGGCUCUCUGUGGAAGCUCUCAAUUACACUUUAAAGACAACUGAUAGUGACUUACCCACCAUACCUCUGAAGAGUGCUGCUGAGGCUGUGCGAGACAGCUGCCAUGACAAUGACUUUGCCUUGGCUCUAGCAUCAGCUCUUCCAGAAGAAUCCCUGCACCGCGGUGUGUACAGUGAAGCCUCUCUUCGUGCCCGCUUCAACUCUCUGCGCUCACUUGCCCGCCGGGUCGCUCUAAUUGAUGAAUCUCAUAAUUCCUUGUACCAGUAUUUCUUGUCUUAUCUCCAAGCUGCACUGCUGUUUGAGGAUGAACAGAAAGCUCCACCCACACAGCUGAGCCGUGAAGAUUUAGACCCAUUCAAGCUCCUGUCGUAUGCUAGCUACUGCUUAGAGCAUGGGGAUCUGGAGUUAGCAGCUAAACUGGUCAACCAGUUGAGAGGAGAAACCAGGAGAGUGGUGGAGGACUGGCUGACUGAAGCCAGACUCACACUAGAAACCAGGCAGGUUGUGAGUUUGCUCUCUGCUUAUGCAAAUGCUGUGGGACUGGGAACCACCCAGGCUCCAUAGGCUGCAAAUGUAAAAUGGCAGCCCUUAACGGAACAAUUUAUUAAAACUCUGUCCUUGAGUAUCAAGAACAUUGCCCAUUGUAGUCUGGAAAGAUAGCUCGGCUGGUAGCUUAGCUUGUAUUUUUGAGAAGGAAGGCAACUGUAGUGAGCUUUACAACAGCAAAGGGGGAAGUGUGUGAUACUCAGAUUUCUGGGGUGUGUUCCUUUAAGUUAACUCAAGUAAACGAAGUAUUGUAUGUUAAGAUACAACAUGAAUUAGUUCUAAAGCACUAAGUCACUGUGGACAAUUUGUUGUUAAAUAUAACUGGUGUACCCUGUCAGUCUAGUCUUGUCCCUUCGAGCUCUUGGGUGUAGUCCAGCUAUUUUCAUCUGGCAAAUUCCUUUUCUUUCUCUGAUUGCAUGGCAUGAUAACCCAGUUAUAUGUCCCAGUUCAUGUUUGUGAAUACUGCACAUUGAUUAAAUCAUGAACAAAAA